AUGCACAGAUUUCUGCUGACUCUGCUUGUUGUCAUCUGCUUUACAUCAGUUUGGGGUCAAAUGAUGCAUCCAAUGAUGAUGGGGCCAAUGGGCCUCGGGCCAAUGGGAAUGAUGAGGCCAAUGGGACCGAUGAUGAUGGGUCCCGGUAUGGGUAUGUAUGGUCCUUACAGUGUACAACGAAAUAUGGCGCGAGGAGCUGUAACAGGUGCUCUGAUGGGAGCGAUGAUGGGAGGACGAUAA